CUAUUCCCGUUUGUCUUCAACAAGAAACAGUCGAUCGGAGAAAAGCACCCAGUGUUGGAUUGAACACUCAUCUUCAAAAGGUGAGUCAUAAGUAAUUCAUGAAGUCCUCUCGAUCAAUAACUUUACGGACUGAAACAACGACUUGGGACAAAAGAAAUCGAUCACCAAGAUGAUUAAAUUAAAAACUGAGCGCGCCGUAAACAUAGAAUACUUAAAGAGUAACAUGCCCUAGAUUUUCUUCACUGCGAUCGAUUGGGAUCGAUUCCGGCUUCAUCCAAAAGCACGUUUUUAUUGUUUAUGUCUUAAUGUUUUUUAUUUUGAUUCCUUCAGAUAAAAAAAACGACCAUGUUUUUCAAGUUCGUUGUGGUUGUUUUGUUAGCCGCCCUGUUCAUCGACGAAGCUUCAGCGAAUACCUGUCCUCGAUGGGUGAAGCUUAACAAGAGUCCAGUCUGUUUCGGCGCUCGAAGUAACCAGUAUGGUCGUUUUACCUACCCUCGGAACAUCUUUGUCAGCUCGUUCAUGCUUGUGCAUCGUACAGGAUCAGUUUCGUGUAAUAAAAAACAAUUCAGCUACUGGGGAUGUGGUCCUAAUCACCCAAAUCUAAAUGUCGUCUUAACGAAUCAUCAAAACAAAUUAUUGGCCCCAGCUGUUACCAAUCGUGGAGGAUGGUACAAUCUGGGAGGUUACACUUCCUCGUCUUCUGCCCUCGUGUUCUGUGCUCCUAAGAAGCCCCACUGUAUCUUCGCCAAUACCGAGCUGCGCCUGUGGUACGGAGAAGAUUUAAGAGGCUAUACAGAGAACGACAACGGCGGCCGAACAUGCGCAGAUGUGUAUGGUCUGUUGGCCUAAACUGUUCGUAACAAGAAACCUCGACCAUUAGACUGAAUAGAUCAGUAGUUGCUAAAAAAUAUUUUUCUUUGUACUUAGCUAUCGGAAUGAAGAAAAAUAAAAUCAUCGGAGUUGAGGAGACUGG